AACCUCGAACGACGAUAUUCGUAGAUUUGCUGAAACGCGACGUUAAUUACGGUUAAUCGUUCAUCGACGAUUUCUAUGCUUACUAAGACGUGUUUCACGAUGCUGUACAGUUCCUUCUUGAUGUACCAUUGAGAUUUUUCGAACAUCGAGGCGACGAGUACACCUACGAGAUCGUUGGUUCCCUCUUUAAUUGCACAGAAGCUAAUCAUACUUUCCAUAUGCUUGAACACCCCGUUCAUGAACAUUUUCAUGGAGACGGCGUCGUCGAACAAACCGACGGCCUUAAGCAGCGGUUCCGCUCGACAAAAAUAGGCCUGAAACACGCGUAAUUCUAAUCUGAUUCGCUCUAAUCCGAAGCGUUCGCCAUAUUCGUGCAAUUUCUUUGAAAUAUCGGUGUUUUAAGGUGCACAAGAGCAAAGGAAGUUAUUUCCAUUUAGAAUAACGAGCGUACGACAUAGUAUAGGGUGAUCGGUGCGAUCGAGUAAACAUUUGCUUCGAAAUUUACGGAUAUCUUUUAAGCGUAAUAAACUGUACUUCGGGCGGCGAUGUACUAGUACAAAGUGGAGCGUUUGCAUGAAUCUGUUUAACCGAAGGUCGACGAUCCGAUAGCCCGCCGACAGUCUCUGCCACACCAUAGACGCGUCCACCGUGUACGGAUCGUCCUUCUCCUGUAACUUUCUGAUCGCCAGGAUACGAAGAUUCAGCGAAAAGAAAUCGCUUUCCUUGAUCGAGCUGCGCCUGCGAGACUCGAUCGAAUUGUCUCUCGCACUUUGUCUCUUGGCAAACAUAUUACGAUGAAACUGAAAGAAACUGUCCGAAGGAUAUCUCUGAUAAAGGAAUUUCAAUUGGAAAUUUUCAACCGUUUCGCACGCACGAAUUUCACCUAACGCUGCUUCCAAACUUCCCGACGAUUCUCGACUUUGAAGUUGUUCCCUUAUCGAAUCCUCGGCUCGACGCAUUCGUUCGUAGACACAUUCGGAAUUUCUAUAUCAACGCGUUACGCGAUCUUCGUUUCUUUUCUCUACGAAAUGCGAGUUUAAGUUAACCGCAGUACGCUCGUCGUGUACCGAAUCUGCAGGAUAUCGGCUACCUAUGGAAAUGGACGCGAUCGAGGAAAAAGACGAAUUCGCGUUGGCAGUGGAGACUCGGAUGAAAGCUCCUCUCGAAUGGCACUCGUCGGCCGAAUGUAGAAUAUCGGACUUGAGGGAAUCGCAGUACGACGAAGCUUUGCGUCUGAUCAAACGCCACUUCUUUCGCGACGAGCCUAUGUGCAAGGCGUCCUCGUUGCUCCGAGAUGAAACGUCGGUGAACGGUUACCUGGAGCUCGUAAGAACGUGGAUGAAGGACACGACAAGCCUGAUCGCUACCAGUAUGAAAUCUGGGCGUGUGGUUGGAACGGUUGUCGCGCGAAUUAACAGCGACCCUGAGAAAACCGACACUUACCAUCGUGUGCAGGUACGAUCGCGAUUUGCGCCGCGAAAGGCGAACGCGUUGGCGAUAGCCUUCCAGCGAAGCUUCGACGGGGCAAAAACCUCGAGAACGAAUCCUCUUACUAUCCUGCAAGGAGAGAGUCUGCGCAAGAUCAUGCAUCUGCUGAAUACGUUGAUCAAGCAAACGAACGCGCACAAAACGUUCGAUCAGCAGGAGUAUUACUGCGUAUACGUUCUCUGUGUACAUCCGUCUUAUCGAGAGAAAGGCGUGGAGAUCGCGUUGCUGAACGCUUGCGUGCAAGUUGCGGUGUCUUUGAGAAUACGGGCGAUCGGUGGCCUUUUCACGUGCGGUGCCAGUCAAGCAUGGGCGCGCAGCGUGGGCUUCCAACUUCUUUCCGAGAUUCGUUACAGUUUAUGGAUUCUCGACGAUCGAAUCGUCUUCGACGAUCCAGGAAGGGGAAAUUACUCGGCCGCUAUGAUGGGCAAGUUGAUAGCGCCGGAAGAAGAAUCGGAGGAUUCGAAGGAAGGCGAGGUAUCGUCCGUCGAUACAACGUCGAAACAAAGAAACUCGCUUGGCUGCAAGUAGAAUUGUUAUCGUACUUGCUGAAGCAAAAUUCUAACGUAAAGGUAGACUCGUGUACGUAUAAACGAUUAAAAAUGGACGUUCAGUUGCAAAA